CCGCUACUUCAUACGCUGACAUUGUCGUUCAAUUUGCUUCCUUGAUCCGUAUGCUUGGCAUAGCUCUGGUAUCUUACUCUGGAUCACACGUCUCCGCCUUUCAUGAGAAGUAUCUGGACUCGGAAACAGAAUUCAAGUUCCCAUGUCAGAAGAAGGUGCUGGCGAUGAUUUCAAUUCGCUCCGCCAGGUCCGUCUGAGCUGUCUUCAUGAAUACAUUGGAGGGCUAGUCUGGGUGUUCUGCCUGGGAAACACCGAGACGACGCGCGAAAGAACAUUGGUGACUUCAGUCGAAUCGAUGGCUGAUCUACGGGGCCCAUUGAGAAGAUCCUAUUCGAGCGAAGGAAUGAUUGUGCAAAUCGAACUCGAACGAAGUACCAUAGUGGGUCUAAGACCCGAGGCAGACAAAGAAGAAGCCGUUAGUUGUCAUUGGUUAACGUUGGGCAAGCAGCUACCCGAGUCCUCUUUUUCUUUCAAGGACACAGCAGUACUUGCCAUCGGGUCAUCAUCUGUCAUAUCUUCUUCUCAUACCAUGGAGACGGCGCAAUGCCAUGUGGGCUUAAACUAUCAGGGGCUCGGGCCGAAACUGCGGGAAACGAGUGAAUUCACAUUCCUAGGGGGUUGGACGGCCGAAUUGGGCAGCCGAUACAGUAAGUGCAAAUGUGGGAUCCUCCAAGUUUGUCAACACGAGUGCUGGGGUGAGUCUCAAGAGGAUACCGGGACGGUCAAUGGAAUUCGUGCUCUUGUUCCUAUGGCAGGAUGACUAUCCAGAUCCGCAGACGCUCCAAAUGAGAAUAGGACUGGAAAUUAGUGCAAGGACAGUAAAUGCAUUCCGAGUGCCUCUAUGGAAAUUGUUUUGUUUGGGAAACAUUCAAAUUUACGUGAAGCGCAUUUUCACAGACCAUUUAUCUCGGCCGACGGACACAGAAUCCUUCCAAGACGCAUUCAGUCAUGACUUCCAUGGG